AGAGAGAGAGAGAGAGAGAGAGAGAGAGAGGAAUAGGAACGAGCCGCCAUUAACGAUCCGCCGACGGAGCUCGAGUCAAGAAGGCCGAAGGGGAAGAUGGAGAAGGUGGAGGGAAUGGCGAUGAUGUACGUGGACGAGGAGGAGGUGUGGAAGUGCGCGAAGCACCCGACGCGGCGCCGCCGCAGCGGCAUCUGCCCCAAGUGCCUCCGCGAGAGGCUCGACGGCCUCUGCCCCGACUGCGCCAGCCUCCGCCCCUGCAGCUGCUGCGCCUCCGCCACCUCCUCCUCCUCCUCCUCCUCCUCCUCCUUCUCGCGUUUCUUCGGCGGCGACUCGGGCGGCGGGGGCGGGGGCGGGGGCGGGGGCGGGGGUGGGGCCGUCGGGAAGGUCUCCAACCUCAUCGACUCCGAGCCCUCGUUCCGCCGGUCCCGCUCCGUCGCGGUCUCCUUCUUCCGGUCGAGGUCGAAGUUCGUGAGGGACUUGGACGCCGACAUCGGCAUCGGCGUCGGCGUUGGCGUCGGCGACGGGUACGGCCCACACCAGCGGCCCGCGGAGUCGCCGCACAGGACGCCGUCGUUCUUCGGCCUGUUCAGGAGAGACAAGAGCAGGAGACCCGGAGCUGAGGCUGCGGAGCGCCCGGGCGGGGGCGAAUCUUCUGAUGCGGCGGCGGCGGCGGCGGCGGAGGAGAGGAGGACGAUGAUGAGGAAGUCGAGGUCGGUGGCGGUGAUGUCGAACCCGCUCCCGCUCGGCGGCGGGGCCGCGUCGGCGAAGGGGAGGAGCUGGCAUUUCCCGAGCCCGAUGAAGGUGUUCCGGCAGUCGAAGAUGACGAAGGUGGUGGGCCAGGAGCGGUCGCCGUUGUACAGAGGUUGAAUCUUCGUUCAACAUUAAGUUGAUCAAAUCAUAUGAAACUCCUACAUAUAUAAUACGAGUUUUCCAAAGAUCGAUGCUGGUCGUUGCUGUAUUGUACCCGCGAUGCUAACAAAGACAUAGAUAUCGAAAUCCCCAAAGGCAAGGCAAUAACAUCUUCAUUUUCAUUUCA